AGUUAGAGAGCACCAUUUCUUUAAGUUCUAAUGGUGAGGAAUUCAAUGCUAGACCGCUGAACACCUACUUAUUAUUAUACCACUAAUUGGAUCAUCUUGGCAGUUGAUGCGCUCUGGGCCGUGGGGUACAUCUCUGACCAGGAUGAAAACAGAAUACAGGAGGUGAUAUCUGCUGGUGUGGUGUCCUCCCUCAUCCAUCAUCUGGGCUCUGGUGAGAAGCAGAAGAUAGCCCCAGCACUCAGAGCCAUAGGGAACAUUGCCACUGGUGAUGAUGACCAGACAAACGUGGUGUUGGAUGCUGGGGUGCUGCCACUGUUAGGUCAUCUGCUGAAGAAUGGCCACCACAACGCCAAGAAGGAGGCCGCCUGGGCUCUCUCAAACAUCACCGCUGGUAACAGGUCACAGAUCCAGAGGGUGAUAGAUGAAGGACUCAUUCCUGACCUUAUGGACGCUCUUAAUCAGACAUUCUUGGACGUCCAGCGAGAGGCAACCUGGGCCCUGGGUAAUCUGACGGCAGGCGGCAACCCGGAGCAGCUGGAGUUCUUGGUGGAUGCCGGGGGAGUGUCAGCCUUCCUGAAGGUGCUAGCUGGGGGGGAGGCCAGCCUCAUCACCGUGGCUCUCGACUCCCUCAACAACAUGCUCAAGUGCCUGGACUUGAAGGAGAAGGUGAAGGAGCAGGUGGUGUCGGGGAAGGGCGUGGAGCGUCUGGAGGUGCUGCAACAGUUCGUCAACACAGGCAUAAGCGACAAGGCCACCCAGAUACUGAAGACUUAUUUCCAGGAAGAUGAAGCUCCUUGCCAGUCCGAGGAGGAGGAUCUUGGAGGUGAAUCUGGGGAUGAGAAAUAACUUGAAGAUAUGAGGAACUGUAGGACUUAUGAGGAAGAGGAGGAGGAAAAGAGAAGUAAUUAUAAAAAGUAAUAAUGAGAAAUAACAUAAGAGGAAGAGGAGAAAGAUAGAUGACACACUAAUCUGACAAAGAAGAGGAACAAAAGGACUGACAAAGAGGAGGAAGAUAGCGAGAAGAAAGAAGAAGAGGAACAAGAGGAUCCGAUGAAGAGGACUAAGACAACAAUAAAGAUUAAAAAGACGUUCCAAGAUGACUUAAAAUUCUCGUGAAGUUCAGCAAGAUGGCAGACUUGACUGACUGGGCAUGUGUGACACUGAUGGCAGACUUGACUGAGUGGGCAUAUGUGACACUGAUGGCAGACUUGACUGACUGGGGGGCAUAUGUGACACUGAUGGCAGACUUGACUGACUGGGGGGCAUAUGUGACACUGAUGGCAGACUUGACUGACUGGGCAUGUGUGACACUGAUGGCAGACUUGACUGAGUGGGCAUAUGUGACACUGAUGGCAGACUUGACUGACUGGGGGGCAUAUGUUUUAAUGAGUUUAAUCUUAGAGACAUUGUACCGGUCAGGCAUUACUUUCUCUCUCCAUAUUUUAUCCUUAUUUUUUAUCUAUAACUAUAAUAUUGUAGAUAAAACUCAGUAUUAUUGUGGAAUUUAUUGUACUUUAUGAUGAUAGUUUGAUGAUAUUACUAAAUUGGGUAAUUAUAGUCACGCACCUGGCAGAAACUCACCUGUGUGUAUCCCAUCCAAUGAGGAGAUCUCUGGUUGAGCCAAUCAGUCAGGUGGGGUUAGUGUUCAUUUCAAGGUGACAAUAUGACAUUACAUUACGUUGAACAAACUGGCGAUGAAAAGUGGAAGGGUAAAUUGACUGAAGGGAUUAUUUACUGUGAGACGAAUAUAUAGAACUAUUUUUAAAGGAGUUUGAAGACAUAAUUAAUGUGAACUGAAUGCUAUAUAGGGAUCAUACCUGUGAAGUGAAGUAAUGAACAAUUAAUUUAAAUAUUGUAGGGGUAUCAGUUAUAAAUAAAAGGCAGGUUACUCGUGUCAUUUGAAAGUUUACCAAUUAUACAAUGAAUUAAGUCAUUCUGAACCAAGUGUGAAGAUAAAUAAAGUGACUAUAAGCGAGUGUAUCCUGAAUUAAGUUAUACAUAAAGUGAAUGAGGUUCUACAUAGUGAAAAGAAAUACAAUACCACUAAUGAAAAAUAAAUAUGAGUGUUCCUAGGACCUGGUAUACACUGACUGACUGAAGACGUACUUAGUGUAAACAGAAACUAAUUAAUACCAGAAUAAACUAAAUACUCUAAUGAUAUAUGUAUGUGGCAUUGUGAGGGAAAAACCACAGUAAAUUAAAGAAAAUAUCAAGAAAGACUAGAAACAAAGAUGGUGGAUGGAAUAUUGUGUAAAAUAGAAAGAUCUUGAUGUGGUAAAGCAGCUGGUAAUUUAUUUAUACCACCAUGAGUCAGAGAGGAUCCACCCUUCUACCCCCUGUACUCUUGGGUAGACGAAUGCCUGUGUUUUUGGGGUCUGUUAUUUCCCAUGUUAUUUAAUUUGGAUUUCUUGAUAUUUUAUGAAUUUUUUAUAGGAUCAUAUGAAUAAUAGUCACCCCAGAUAAUUUUACCUGGAUCACCUAAUUCUACCCUACCCCUUCCCAAUCCUGCCCUACCCUAACAUCCCUUCAAGUAACAUUAGGGUGGUUAAUCUUCAGCUGAAAUAAGCUGGGGGUGAAUCUUCAGGUGAUCAGUUUUAUGGCAUAUAUUUCCCAUUUUCUAAUAUAUCUCUGGACAGACUAUAAUAACUCUGAGGACACGAAAUAGUUAUGAAAAAGUAUGUUUCAUUUUUUUUAGGGGAAUAUUUGACCCAUAGCAAAUACCUUUUAUAUAUUUACCAGAGAAGCUUUUUGAAAUAAGAGUAUUGUAGUUUUUUUUGAGAGGUGUCAAAGUGUGGGUGUAUCAACUGUUGCUACAAGCCAUUAAUCACCAUAUUUGUCUUGGCAUUGAUGCAAUUUGUCUUAUAAUCUGAAACUGCAAAAAAUUCUGAACUUCUUUGCCAAUAUGCAGUGCCUUAUCAUUCUAUUAUGUAUAUUUACCAGGUGAUGACAAUAUAUACAUUAUUAUACAUGUUAAUACUAAUAUUUACUGAAUGAUGACUGUACAUUAUUAUACAUGUUUGUGGAUAUAUUGCAACUGAUCAAUUGAAUUUUUA